CCUUUGUGCCUUUGUGCCUUUGUGCCUUGGCCUAAUCUCUUCCCACACAUCACCACAAAUUCCACACCCAUAAAAGGCCUUCCCCACUUCAAACCCCAAAAAUUUCAAUCCUCUCUCAAGGUUAUAGCUUCUUUCUCUGUGUUCAUUUUUUUCACUAAACCCACCCAACCUUGCACCCAAAAACAUUCUUUCUCUCUGCAUAUAUUUUCUUUGUUAGUUAGUUGAAUUAGGGUCAUGGGAACCCCACAAUCCAACAACUUGCCCCCAGGGUUUAGGUUCCACCCUACAGAUGAAGAGCUCAUUCUUCACUACCUUAGGAAAAAGGUAGCCUCCAUUCCUUUGCCAGUUUCCAUCAUUGCUGAGGUUGAUAUCUACAAGUGUGAUCCAUGGGAGCUACCAGCUAAGGCUGCGUUUGGGGAGAAAGAGUGGUACUUUUUCAGUCCUAGAGAUCGGAAGUACCCAAAUGGAGCGAGACCAAACAGGGCAGCAGCUUCAGGGUAUUGGAAGGCAACGGGCACUGAUAAGAACAUAGUUGCAUCAUUGGGUGGAGGAGUGAGACAACAUUUUGGUGUCAAGAAGGCUUUGGUGUUCUACAAAGGAAAACCCCCAAAGGGUGUCAAAACCAAUUGGAUCAUGCAUGAAUAUCGCCUUGUUGACACCAAUAAACCUGUUAGGGUCAAAGACGCUUCCAUGAGAUUGGAUGACUGGGUUCUGUGCCGGAUAUACAAGAAGUCCAAACACAGCCUAACUUCAAUCACAGAGGCAUCACAAACAGUGGAAGUGAAAGAGCAAGAUGAAGCGGAAGAAGAGGAGCAAAUGAAAGAAACUUUUUCUUUUUCACCACCUCUUCUUCUCCCUACUCCACAAGCCACCCUCAUAUCUCAAAAAUCUCUAUCCUUCUCCAACCUCUUGGAUGCAACAGACUUUUCCAUGCUCAGAACCAUCUUAUCUGAGAACCAUAACAACUCCACUAAUUACCCAAACACAACCUUGUUCAAUUCUGAGAAUCUGGAUCAUGAAACCCCCCAAAACUUCUACACCAACAACACUGAUAUUAACAAUAGUACCUGUUUCGUUCAGAAGAACCCUUCAGUGAUUUCAAACAUGGAUGAGAACAUGAUGUACCCUCCAAAGAAACACCAUAGUUCUUCUUAUUGCAAUUUUGCAAACACCACCCUCCAAAACCAGAACCCCCAGUGGAACUUCAUGUUCAAGCAGCCUCACAUGAAUCGCCAGCUACUUCCGGGUCCCCAAUAUCUUCAAUUUCAGUGAUAAAACCAAAACAAUGCAAGUCAAAAAAAAAAAAAAAAAAGAAAAAUAGGGGAGAAAAUAUCAAAAAACAGUAAAAUAUCUAUUAGCUCAGGGAAAGAUAACAAUUAUUUUCUUUAACUUUUUUCUUUUUUUGUUGUUGUUGAAAAUAUGGAGAAAAAGGGUUUCAUUUUAUUCGAAGUAUAUUCGUCUGAGAGGAAGUCUUGGAAUACUGAACCUGUUCAUGGAAAAAAACCAGAGAAUAGUUAGAUACGGAAUAAGAAAGAAAAGGUUUCACUAUUGAACGGUUAAAAAAAGUCCAACAAAUAGUGUACAAAAUGUUCAUUUGCACGUGUUUGGUUGGCAAAUUGGUUUUGAUCAUUAUGUGUACUUUGUAGACUUUGUAUUUGUAUUGGUUGGAUUGUGAUAUUAUUAUAUUAUUUUUCCGAUUACAUUUU